GCCUCCAAGUUCCGAAGACGAAGCUGUACGAGGAGGUGUCGGUCCUUCGGGGGAGGCCAACUUGACAUGGAGAUGGGCAAAGACUCUGUAUGACACGCGAGACAAGGACAAGAUGUGGACCGUUGUGUUACUGUACGUGCAGGUGGACGAGGGAAUGAAUGUGCAAGAUAGUCUCUCGUAGCGCGUCGUUGUGAAAAAGAUACAAUGCAAGACCGAAGACGAAAAAGGCAUCCUCGAGCAAGAAUUCAAAAUCACCAAAAAGCUUGACUUCUGCGACCACAUCAUGAAGAUACGCAGUUUCGUGGAACAGAAGGGAACACUUAACGUACGCAUGUAUUCCGACUAUGCACCGUCCGGCGACCUAGAACUCAUCUUCGACUACUACGCCCCACGAGACGCCACAGACAAGACAGAAACAAGCGAGACUCCAAAGCAGAUCCCUGAACCUUUCAUUUGGCUCGUGUUCUACGCCCUCGCCGAAGCUCUCUUCGCCCUCAACACCGGAGUAUGCGCCAAAACCGGAGGAGCGGACACCGGCACCUCGCUAGACGACAUUAGGAAAAAGAAAAAGGGCCCUUGGACAUCUCAUCAACACGCCGACAUCAAGCCCAAAAACAUCUUCCUCGCCUCCCCAGAGGACCCUUACGGGGCGUACCCUAAACCUCUCCUAGGCGACUUCGAUGUCGCACAGCCAAUUAGGAGCCAGAGUGCUUCUGCCCGCAGACAGGAACGAGGGACGCCUGGGUGGAAAGCUCCCGAGACGGAGAACAAGGACUUGCAUCCGGUGUAUGACAUCACGAGCAAAACGGAUAUCUGGGCCGUUGGACUAGUCAUAUGGGAACUCAUGCAUGCAUCCCUAGGCACCGAGCGCCUUGAAUUACUGCGCUCGACCGCAGCGACUAACUUCGCGUUCCACGCGAACGACACUUUUCCGUCCGAGAGGAUCUUGGGCUGGAACGCGAUGUAUACCCAGACACUGCAUGAUCUGGUCACGCGGUGUUUGAAGAUUAACCCUAAUCAGAGGCCGAGCUUUAUCGAGCUGAGGAAAGAGGUCUGGGAAGGGAUGCAAAGGUUGAAAGGUGUGCUGGGGGACUUUGAGGGCGUGGAUGUGGUGGAGAGGUUGAGGUUGAGGUUUGAGAGGGGGGACGAGUUUGCGGUGGGUGGGGUGGCGGAGCUGCCGGAGAGGAAGAAGAGGAAGGGUGGUGGUGGUGAAGAACUGGCGCCAAUGCCCGGAGAUACUUAAGUAUGGGGAAGCUCUGAUGAAAGCGUCGGAAUAUGGUUAGACGAAUAGAAUGCAAAAGUUACGGAUAGAAGUCCCUUUUGUUGGGUCGUACCGCUUUUGUAACGUAGACUGGCCUCGUAAGAAUCUCACGUAACAUAUAAUCCGCUUGGCUAUCUAGAUAUCAAGAUCUAGCUAUUAGUAAU